AUGCUUCAGAGUUCUCUUUUAACGCUUGGUCUUGGGCCAAUCCUGGCUGUUGCUGUGGAGCAGUUUUCGGUGCCAAACGUGGAAGCCAUCUUUGAGACAUCACCGAAGCCAUUUGAGAUCCACGUUGAUCGGCAAUUCAUUGAGGAGACUCGGUUGCGUGUGGAAAAUACCAGGUCACCAGUCUUCCUGAACGCGAUAGGUGACGGACCAAGUGCCGAGAACUUUACCACCAUUCGGGACUUCUGGGCCAAUGAGUAUAGCUGGAACGACACCGAGGCAGCUAUCAAUUCAAAGCUGGAGCAGUACACGACCAUUGUCCAGCCGGUCAUCGAUAACGCAACUUAUCAAGUCCCGCUGCAUUUUGUCCAUCACCGGUCGGACCGUGCCGAUGCCAUCCCACUACUCUUUAUCCACGGCUGGCCAGGUUCUUUCCUCGAAGUCAGCCACAUCAUUGCCAACCUGACACAUCCGCCCAACGCAUCUGUGCCGGCGUUUCAUGUCGUCGCCCCUUCCAUCCCCGGCUUCGGCUUCUCCCCCGCGCCACAAAAAGACGGCUUCGGUCCGGUCGAAGCUGGCCACUCGUUCAACGCGCUCAUGGCACAGCUCGGGUAUCCGAAGUACGUUAUCCAGGGUGGCGACUUCGGUGGCGUCAUCCUGCGUUACCAGUCCCACUUGUUCCCGGACAGUGUCGUCUCUGCGCUCAGCAACUUCUGGAUCAUCCAGCCCAGCGAAAAUGACCUGCGCCUACUCGCCGAGGGCCAGUCGACGCCGGACGAGGUCGCCUACAUCAAGAUUCUCGAGACUUACAUCAAUCAAGCCUCUGGUUACCGUGUGAUACAGUCCACAGAGCCUCUGACGCUGGCCUACGGUAUGACCGACUCGCCGCUCGGCAACGCCCUAUGGAUGUACUCCCUGAUGAACAAGAUCAUCGACCCGGCCAUCAUGAGUUGGACACCCAAAGAGAUCAUUACCUGGUCACUCAUGUACUACAUCCAAGGCCCUUAUGGAGGCAUGCGGUUCUACAAGGAGGUAUCUCGGGAUGGUGGCUUCGCCACGUUCGACUUCGGCACGCUGCCGCUCGUUGAGGUGCCCGUCGCAAUCAGCCAGUUUCCCUACGACAUUACGUACCGGAUGCCUCUGGAGUGGGCACAGCGGGGAGGAAAUGUCAAAAAGAGGGUUGUUAAUGACCACGGCGGCCACUUUGCUGCCUACGAGGUGCCCGGUCGUCUGCUGAAUGAUAUUUGGUCGUGGUUUGGGGAUAAGGAAGCCUCCGGGGUCAAGGCCUUUGGGAUCUAA